GCAGAAUCAGUGAAUCAAAGAAUGGAAAAGCGAGCAAGAAACACGGCUGGCAGUAAUGGUGAUCCAGAAGCUAGCGCCUAGCUUCUUGCACUCCCGCGGAAGCGAGAGGGAAAGGCUUUCCACGAGAAUAGCUCAACCCUGUCUGCAUGUCUGUCGCGCGCAACAAAUCCGACCCACACGCCACAAAGCUCUCCUCUUUCUCUCUCCCUCCCUCACUCUCUCUGACCCGCUUCUCUGAAGUUUCUUCGGCACAAAGAACGGACUGGAGGAGGGAGUGAUCAGGGGUGAGCAGCUCGUUGCCUCGUUCUUGAGCAAGCUCUCGAUCGGCCAUGGCGCUGCUGUUCCUGCGCCUUGGUGCCUCCAUUGCGCUGCUCCUCGCCCUCUCCGCGCUGGUGCCUUCGUCAGACGCGUAUGAUCCGCUUGAUCCGGGUGGGAACAUUACAAUCAAGUGGGAUGUGAUAGAGUGGAAUCCAGAUGGCUAUACGGCUGUUGUUUCACUAUACAACUACCAGCAGUAUCGUCAUAUUCAACUGCCGGGCUGGAAACUCAGUUGGGUGUGGCAAAAGAAGGAGAUAAUCUGGAAAAUGUUCGGUGGCCAAACCACGGAGCAAGGCGAUUGCUCCAAAUUCAAAGCAGAAAUCCCACAUUGCUGCAAGAGGGACCCGGAGAUUGUGGACCUGCUUCCUGGGGCACCAUAUGGCACCCAGUUUGCAAACUGCUGCAGAGGGGGAGUCCUCAACUCAUGGGCACAGGACUCUGCCAAUGCUGUGGCAUCAUUUAAGGUCGUUGUUGGUCAGGCAGGGACUUCAAACAAGACUGUUAAAGUGCCGAGCAGUUUCACCCUGAGGGCCCCCGGGCCGGGGUAUACUUGCGGACCUGCCAAGGUUGUAAGCCCUACCAAGUUCAUUUCACCGGAUGGGAGAAGGUCAACUCAAGCCCACGCGACAUGGAACGUGACAUGUACCUACUCGCAGUUUGUAGCGCGAAGGUCCCCGACAUGCUGCGUUUCGCUCUCGUCGUUCUAUAACGAUACCAUUGUUAACUGCCCGACAUGCUCAUGCGGCUGCCAAAAUAACAACUCCAAACCAGGAAGCUGCGUUGAAGGCAAUUCACCUUAUCUGGCUUCUGUGGUGAAUGGGCAAAGCGCGAGCAGCUUGGAACCACUAGUGGAAUGCACCUCUCACAUGUGCCCAAUAAGGGUGCAUUGGCACGUCAAGGUGAACUACAAGGACUACUGGAGGGUGAAGAUCACGGUGACAAACUUCAACUACCGGAUGAACUACUCGCAGUGGAACCUCGUCGCGCAACACCCUAAUUUCGACAACCUGACUACGAUCUUCAGCUUCAACUACAAACCUCUGAGCCCAUACGGAACAAUAAAUGACACCGCGAUGCUGUGGGGCAUAAAGUACUACAACGACAUGCUGGUGACCGCUGGGCCUGAUGGGAACGUUCAGUCCGAGCUUCUGUUCCGGAAGGAGCCGGGGGCUUUCACCUUCCAGAAAGGCUGGGCGUUUCCGAGGAGAGUGUACUUCAACGGUGACAAUUGCGUGAUGCCGCCUCCAGAUGCGUACCCGUGGCUGCCGAAUGCUUCACCGCGAUUGCCGGCUUCACUUACCCUUGCACUCAUCACAGUUGGGACAGCAACGGCCUUGUUGCUUGUCCAUGCGUAGUAAUAGGAGGAAUGGAUUAAUUAGUGCAAAAUGCACAGAACUUUUAACGUUUUUAGAAGAGCAGAGACGAUUAAUCCAACCAAGGCAUUCCUAGUUAUUGUAAUUAUAGCUCAGGCAAGACGAAUGCUUAAUCAUUUAGCAACAUUGGCAUGAUUUGCUGCAGCAUUUGUAGCUAUGAACAUGCAUUCAGAUAA